UUGAAAUUAAAAAAAUUCAAUCAUCCCUAUCAAUUUUCAUAAUCGUUGUCAUGUGCAUAAACACGCGAUUCCACCAAUGCAUCAAGCUAGCUUAGUCAAACUUAGGACGAUUCCAAGGGCCGACGAUGGAGGGGGAACGCGAUUUCUACCGAGUGAAUAUGCUGUUGAGGGGCCCAGAAACCAUAGUGGAGCCCCAGACUGUUGGCUGGGAGUAAUAAGUAAUAAUAUUACUUUUGAAAUGAGUUACUAGUAAUGAGUAAUAUGUAAUAUGCAUUUUUUGAGUAAGGAGCCCAACACUGAUCAUAUGCAAAUGCAGGAUGUGAACUAGGAGUGUCGAACGCUGCCAGGGGAGGAUUCACACUACACUUUAACAGUUCUGCUGAUAGAUCACACACUGAACCACUGAAGACAAUGUUUCACAAGUUUGUCUUGUUCUGUUUGUGCUGCUGGUGUCAGAGUGGUGUGUUUGGUGAAUCAGUGUCAGUGACGGAGGGAGAUUCUAUCACUUUAAAAACUGUUACUGAAAUAUGUGAAGGCUAUGACAUACUGUGGAAAUACGGAGCUGAAAACUCUCAGAUAGCUAAAAUGAAGAAAAGGAAGCAAAUCCUCUCCAUAUAUAAUGAUAAUGAUGGGAGAUUUGAAGACAGACUGAAGCUGGACAAUCAAACUGGAUCUCUGACCAUCACAAACAUCAGAACUGAACACGCUGGAAUUUAUCAACUAGAGAUAUCUGGAGCAAAUCUAACAUCAACAGCAUUCAAUGUUUCUGUCUAUGCUCGUCUGUCUGUUCCUGUCAUCAGCAGUAACUCUUCACAAUGUUCUUCAUCAUCUUCAUCACAGCAGAAUUGUUCAUUGUUGUGUUCAGUGGUGAAUGUGGGUCAUGUGACUCUCUCCUGGUACAAAGGAAACAGUUUAUUGUCCAGCAUCAGUGUGUCUGAUCUCAGCAUCAGUCUCUCUCUACCUCUGGAGGUGGAAUAUCAGGAUAAAAACACCUACAGCUGUGUGCUCAACAAUCCCAUCAGCAACCAGACUCAACAUCUGGACAUCAGUCAACUCUGUCAACCAUGUUCAGAUUCAAUCUCUCUGAUAGUGUUGAUUUCUGCUGCUGCUGCUGCUGGAUCUCUGUUGAUUGUAGCAGCAAUCAUGAUCUUCUGCAUCUGCAGGAAACACAGAAAAACUGAUCAAGAAGUUGUUGAAGAGACUUGUGAAGUAGAGAUCACUUACGCUGAGACAACAUUCUACAAAAGAAACGUACAGAAGUCGAAAGUUGAAGAGGAGAGUCAUGUGGUAUAUGCACCAAUCGUGAUGAGAUGAUGAUCAAACUUCAGUGUUGUUCUAAGUACAAAAUACACUUAUUGUCAGAUCAUUUUCACUGGGAACCUCCUGCAACAACCUCAGACACUAUGGUCUAUAAAUGAGCAUUUUCAUUGCAGCAUUUUCAUGUUUGCAAAACAUAGAUGCAAACUACCCGUCAAAAGGUGACAAAGUAACGCUGCUGUGGUAUUGAUUAUUGACAUCUGUACAGAAAUGUGGUUUGAUCCGUGCAUGAGAAUGUGUCUGAAUGCUGAGUUCGUUAGUGUGUGUCUAAGGUUUCAAUAGUGUCUGUUUGAGUGUGUAUCUACGCAAGUGUGCGUGAGGUGUCAAUAUGAUCUUUGUGUACUCGCGUGUGCUGUGCGAGUGUGUCUGAGGUGUCAGCAGUGUGACGGAGCGAGUGUGUCUGAGGUGUCAAUAGUGUGACGGACCGAGUGUGUCUGAGGUAUCAGUCUGAGUGGUAAGCAUGUCGUUGCAAGGAUUUUUUUCAUUUAUGCUCACAUGAAAAGGUGGACUUCUGCUCUACAGGGAAGCCACUUUACUUAAAAAUACUAAAAUCAUUAGUGCUGAUUUUGGACAAAAAAUGUCUUAAAUCAAACAGAGAUAUUAGUAUGAAAAACAUACUUUAUGUACUUUGUGUGCAUGAUGAUCUCAUACAGCGAUCCUGCAGUUAAGCAGUACUAAACUCACAGAAAAAAAAGGUACAAAAGCUUUCAUGUACCUUUUCAAAAAGUACACGUUUGUAUCUUAUUUACCCCUUAAGGGUGCACAUUAGUACCUAAAUGGGCAAAAAAGUAAUACACCAGUGAGAAUUUGCACCUUUUUUUUUUUCUAAAAGUGUAGUUUCUAUUCAUUCUAAGCAGAAUCUGUUUUUUUUGUUUUUUCUUUUCAGCCAGUGUCUGGGUCAUUUAAAGAAUAAAUGCAAUGUAUGAUUUACAA